CGCCAACUUACGCCCGAAAGAUUGACCAUCAUCCUCCGCGAUCCUGCUGCUAGCCUCCUCAUCCUUGCCACGCAAACAGCAUCCAUCUCCUAGGUACUCUUCACACGCUCACAAGUCAUCGUAUCCAGUAGCGUAUCACCAUGGCGCGAGGCAGCGUCCUCUUCGAACGCCACUCAGAGGACGAUGGCGCAGAUCGGACCGGGCAGGGGCACGACGAAGUGUCCAUCCCUCUGCUCCAGCAGCAGGAUGCCUCUUCCUCAUCCGCCCCUUCGUCUUCUCGUCGUCAGCCGCCUAGAGACUCUCGCUUUGCCAUAUCAGAAGACGAUGUAGAGGCUCCGUCCGACGAGGAAGAUGACGACCAAGUCGCAGGCUCAGGUCCCGGAGGAUAUGGUCCCCGCGGAGAUGCAGCUACCUCGCAACAUACAAAGUAUCCUCCUACCUCUCCCUCUUCCCUCCCACCAUCCUAUCGCGAGGCCAUCUACGUGAAAGACCCCUGGUAUCGCUCCGAAGUGGCUCUGUCCUUACAGCACUAUGGCCGGAUAUGCUUUGGCAGUCUAGGUGCUCUGAUCAGACAGUACUGGCCCACUUCGAGAUUUGCUCAGGCAGGAUUCUUCAUCGUUGGUCUCUGGAUCAUCGUCAUCGUCAGCGGACCUACAUGGGACAAGAGUGCUCGAGGAUGGAGCAAGAAUGUAGAUGAGUUCCUUGCAUUGAUCCCUCCCUCGCCGAUCUCAGGAGAUGGCCACUACGUUCAACUAGCAGAUUGGUCAUCUGCCAACUGCCAAAAGUACGGUAUCGCAGCCUACUGCUCGCGCAAGAUGUCAUACAACCUAGAGAUCCCGCACGAUCCCCGAUCCCUCUUCUCAUCGGAUAAGAUCUUCGUAUACAUUGACCCCCCACGGUCUGCUCAUCUCUCGGACGGUAGAGGCAGCGCGCCGGCUACGGUUCAGGUCAAGAUGGAUGGAGAGCUUGAGGGCCAGGCAAAGGUCGAUAUUGAAGCAUUCUACGAGUAUGAGCUGGAGCCCCUGCUGGCCAGAGCUCAUGUGGGCCUGAUGAAGGCAGGUCUCAACGAUCAGGGAGUCGGAAUAUAUACAUGGCCACUCCCGCCCAAUCUCGUCAACGUGCCGAAAGCCCUGUACCCCUACCCGCUCCUGUCCUUCAAGGUAACAGUCCACGUACCACCCUCAGUCCUCAUUCCCAACCUCCGGAUAGAAGGCAGCGACAUUGACAUUGCAGUUUUCACCGAUCUGCCCAAGCCAGACGCGGCGAGUGGGCGGCAUCUGGACGCUCGCAGCCUUCCCGGAACUCCUGAAUCCACCAGUAGCAACAGCAGAAGGCGCCACGUCGGCAGGUCCGUCGCGAGCGACGGCCCCUCGCCGCGAGGGCGUCUGGGCUAUGCGCUUGCCCGUCGUCAAGCCUCAGCAAAGGACGACCCUGCCAAUCCGCAUCCCCUCUUUGGCAGCCUCAUCGCCGUAACGAGGCACGGCUCCCUCUCCCUUGGCGGGUCCAUACGCGCAACUGGUCGUCUCUGGGCCGAGAACUCAAACGGACCAGUCGAGGUGAAACAGGACACACAUCUCCGGGCGCACGAAAUCCAUCUCGAAGCUGGACGAGGAGAAUUGACAAUCGAGAAGGGAUCCCUGCUGGAGUCGAAGAACGAAGUGCUCGUCUUGGCCCACCACGGAAACAUUUCGAUCUCAGAGGGAGUGAAGAUCUACGGCACUAGGCUGGACGCAGAGGCCGAUGACGGGAGACUCGCGAGCCCACAGGGGACCUGGUACUCGAACCACACGAUGAUCCUCAAAGGCUCCAAGGGCGUCGAAGCUGCCGUUGGUGUCAACACGCCUUGGCGCUCGCAGCUGGGGCAUGGGACCGAGCAGCGUCCGUACGUCUCUGUAGACGCUUUCAGUGAGCAGGGCGACCUGAAUGUGAGGUUUGCAGAGCACGUGGAGAAGAUCCCCCUCCGCGUAAAUGCCAAGGCGCCCGAGGGACAGCUCAGUCUGGCUCUGGACAAAGAGUACGUAGGCUCCUACCACCUGCUCGGCGGUGCUGGUUCCAAGAUCACUUCGGCUCCUGCUGCAGAGGAUAAAGCCAAGGCUCGCACAAGAGUAUUCUCCUUUGCGGACGGGAGCAAGAGUGCGGUCGAGUAUGACGCAAAGGGCGAGGUGUGGUGGAGGAACACCUCGAGUGGGGCUGGCCAGGAGCCGCCCUUGAAGGGAACAGAAUUGUGGGGCUCGGUGGAGGCAGUGGCUAAAGGAGCGGGCAAGCUGAGCUUCGAGGCGUGAGGAAGCCACGAGGUGAUAGGUGGUACGGACACUCUUGAUGCGCUUCAUUUCCUACGAUCUUUUACAUAUAAACACACUCUCGACCCCCGUUCCUCUAUUUGUUUGUACCUUCUCAUCAGACCCUGGGUAGCACAGAGGUCCCUUUUCAUAUCACACAGUACGUACCCUGAUUUCCGACUGUUUGUCUUCAACGAUGAUUCGGAUCCGCACUCCUAGCCUAGCCAUCACUU